GGGCGCCGGGGCCAGUGACCUUCCGGAGGCGGGAGCGAGCCAGGGGGCCCGGAGACGCCGAGCGCCGCCGUCGCCGCCGCCGCCAUGAACAACUCGGGCGCCGACGAGAUCGGGAAGCUGUUUGUGGGCGGUCUUGACUGGAGUACCACACAAGAGACUCUGCGCAGCUACUUUUCCCAGUAUGGAGAAGUGGUAGACUGUGUGAUCAUGAAAGACAAAACCACCAACCAGUCUCGAGGUUUUGGGUUUGUCAAGUUUAAAGACCCAAACUGCGUGGGGACUGUGCUGGCCAGCAGACCACACACCCUGGACGGCCGCAACAUAGACCCAAAGCCAUGUACACCUCGGGGGAUGCAGCCAGAGAGGACCCGGCCGAAGGAAGGAUGGCAGAAAGGACCCCGGAGCGAUAACAGUAAAUCAAAUAAGAUCUUUGUCGGUGGGAUUCCUCACAACUGUGGUGAGACAGAGCUCAGGGAAUACUUCAAGAAAUUUGGAGUGGUCACGGAAGUUGUCAUGAUCUACGAUGCAGAGAAGCAGAGGCCUCGAGGUUUUGGAUUUAUUACUUUCGAGGACGAACAAUCAGUGGACCAGGCUGUCAACAUGCAUUUUCACGACAUCAUGGGCAAAAAAGUGGAGGUUAAACGGGCCGAGCCUCGGGACAGCAAAAGCCAAGCUCCAGGACAGCCAGGUGCCAGCCAGUGGGGGAGCCGGGUCAUGCCCAGUGCUGCCAAUGGCUGGGCAGGCCAGCCCCCGCCCACAUGGCAGCAAGGAUAUGGACCUCAAGGAAUGUGGGUGCCAGCAGGACAGGCAAUUGGUGGCUAUGGACCACCCCCUGCGGGAAGAGGAGCCCCACCGCCACCUCCGCCAUUCACCUCUUACAUCGUGUCCACCCCUCCUGGAGGGUUCCCCCCUCCUCAGGGCUUCCCACAGGGUUACGGCGCCCCCCCACAGUUCAGUUUUGGCUAUGGGCCUCCACCUCCACCUCCGGAUCAGUUUGCCCCUCCGGGGGUCCCCCCUCCACCUGCUACUCCAGGGGCAGCACCUCUGGCCUUCCCACCGCCUCCAUCUCAGGCCGCCCCAGACAUGAGCAAACCCCCGACGGCACAGCCAGACUUCCCUUACAGCCAGUAUGGCCUGGGUUCCUAUUCUCCAGACCCGUCGAACUUCGGGUCCAUACUUUGUUUACACUCUUAUGGUCAGGCUGAGCAGUGAUGUGGCCUAGGUAGGUGGCACUUCCAAAUCCAUGGUCCCCCUUCUGCCUGCACCCAGGCAAUGGAUAUGGCUUUCUCUGCCAUGCUGGGCGGGGGUGGACCCAGGGGUGCCCGUGGGACGGGGCCCUUGCUGGGGCCAGCCUCUUGACAGGCCCUAGAGCCCUGCCGCUGCAGGCUUGUGCAGACCCCGUGCCUCCUAGCCCCCGUUGGGAAUCCAGGAGGGCCCAGGGCUGAGCCUUCAUCCGAAGUGCAUUCCAGGGGGGCAUGGGCCAGGAUGGUGCGGUCACCUUUUCCAGAAGCACUUCUUCGCCCUCUGAGGUCGUGCGCCAGGUCUGGGACCUGUUUGAACAGGCUCUGGGAACAUAUCCAGCAGGAGCACUGAAACCUGCUCGUGGUACAGUCUCUUCCUGGACCUGUGCCUGUCACCUGCUUGUUUGACCUCCGCAGUGAGGACAUCUGGGGGGCGUCCUGGAGGAAGGGGCAUUGAAUUUUUUUUCUUUUUUCGUUUUUUUCUUUUUUUGUAAGAAAAAGAAAAAGUUUAACUUUUUAAAGAAUUUGACAUGUCUGCCUCCUGCAGACGUGGGGGUAAACCCCGCAUGACUGAGGCGCUCGCUUUCAUAUUUUCUUAUCCUUGAAAGCAGUACUGUGCCCACCCUGCAGUUCACUUGGGAGCAAACCUAGACGUCACCCUGGGAGGCAGGUCAAAGAGCCUGUGGCUCCAAGCUCCAAGCCCUCCUCCGCCACCCAGACCUGCUGCAAGGGCCCAGCCCGCAGAGCCCCAGGGUGGGAAUGGGGGCCUGGAGCUGGCAGCUUGAGGGCUGGGCCCACGGGCCUUAGAGCACUUUUCUUUCUGUGGACAACCCUGCGCAGGGUCCUGCUGUGGGAGUUCAGGGUGGGCUUCCGGGGAAACGUUGGUUCCUAACUUUCCCCACAACCUGCCCCUGUCCUCUGGCGUGGGCCCUGGCCAGCAGGAUGCCCGGUGAAGCAGGUGCCGGGUGCCAGAGGCGAUCUGGCAGAGGUGCUCCUGCCA